AUUGGCUCGUUUGCUGGAUGACGGAGGGCCCAAUGAUAAAUGCUGGCCAGCGCGAGCUCCUGACAAGGAAAUAAUACAGCCACUGGGUAAGAGUGAAGUGGGGUUGAGGUCUCCGGAUUGGCAGCGUGUGCAUAAGCAAUGGAAUUUCGUGCUUUGUUUAUCUCUUUCUCAUUCUUCGCUGUCACUUGUACCGAGCCUGUGAAGUUCAUUGACUGUGGUUCUGUGGUAGGGAAGGUGACUGCGGUUGAUAUAACCCCAUGCCCAAAGCAGCCUUGUGAGCUUCGCAAAGGACAGUCAUAUUCUGUCAAUGUGACCUUCAGUAGUGAUGUUGCUAGCCAGACAAGCAAAGCAGUGGUCCAUGGGAUAGUAGCUGGUAUUCCGAUCCCCUUCCCCAUACCCAUUGAAGAUGGAUGCAAGUCUGGAAUUGUCUGUCCUAUUCAGAAGGAGACAAGUUACAACUACGUUAAUGAGCUCCCAGUCAAACCCGAAUACCCUUCAAUUAAACUGGUUGUGGAGUGGGAGCUGAGAGAUGAUUCCAGCAAGGAUCUGUUUUGCAUUAAAUUCCCAGUGCAGAUAACAAGUUAAGAACAAUUUCUACUGGAUGGAAGUAACCUGAAGAUCAAGCUCUUAAUAUUUUAUUUCUGCUUGAGAAUGAUUUUAAUCAAAUAUUUUAACUUGCUAGGGAUCAAUGGAGGAACUGGGCCUUGUACAUAAUGCACAAAUGGCCAAUUUGUACUUUUUGUUUAGUUUGGGCCAGUUCUGCAUUCUGUUUGUUUUAUAUCAGAUGCUCACCUUGCAACUUUUUUGU